AAAAUUGGCUACGUGUGCACUUUCUCCGUUGGGAAUUGGGAUUACAAUAUUAGACAUGCAGUUCAAAGCCCAAACCCGUUCGAAAUAGAGACCCUGAACCAAAUUGAUUUCGGAUUAAACCCUCAACUUCAAAUACCCCUAUACUCCUUCCUUCGUGCCUACAAACUCGUUCUUUUUUCACUUUCUUAGGCGAAUAAUUAUCACUAUAAAGUGACCUAGUACCAUGGAAGCACCUAAUAACUCUGAUGUUAGUACUGAUCCAAAACCACAAGUCAUAUACCGGUGCAAGAAAUGUCGAAGGAUUGUUGCAUCAGCAGAGCAAGUUGUUCCACAUGAACCUGGCGAAGGACAAAAAUGUUUCAAGUGGAAAAAGAGAAGCGACAAUCCCUAUAAGGAGUCACCUCAAUGCUCCUCUAUUUUUGUUGAGCCCAUGAAGUGGAUGGAAGUUGUAGAAGAAGGUUCUGUGCAAGACAAGAUUCAGUGCCUGGGUUGCAAAGCUCGCCUCGGUAACUUCAAUUGGGCAGGCAUGCAGUGCAACUGUGGAGCAUGGAUUAACCCUGCAUUUCAGCUUCACAAGAGUCGAUUAGAUGAGUGCCAUCUUUAAGUAUUUGCCUGAGGUUUCUUUGAGGCGUGUUACGUUAUUACACUUUUAAGUGGGACUAGGACUGGGUUAUAUUUGCACUAGUCAAAAGUGACGGAAAAAACACAACAAAACAGAGCAAAAAGAGACGCGAAUUGUACUUUUCCCUCACUCUUUUGAUACAAAUAUGUCUUAACAUUGUAUACUUAUUUGGCACUCAAUGGAGCUGAUCAUCUAAGAAGUUCAGAAAAAAGGCAAACAGUAUGGAAAAACAUCAAGUGACAUGAAUCAGAAAAUAUGCAUAACUUCCCUUACUGGCCAGCAGCAAAAGCUUCAACUGGGAAAGUUUUGGUGAUGCCAGCAAGACUCUUGAAUUGAAUCUUGCCGCUGGGAGGAUCAUCCACACUGAUCUCGUUAACUGGAGGCCAUAACAUCAACUCCUUAGCCUUCACUCCCUUGAGCUUCUUGAUUUUCUUCUUCUCAAUGAAUCCAUUUAUUUCAGUGUCAUAACUAACCAGUUUGCUGAUAAUCUUGAACUUGUGCUCAACUUUUUUAGUUUGCAGGAUCCACAUAUACCCUGUGUUCUUCACAAAUCCAACUUCGAUCACAUCAGCAAGAGGGAGAAGCCCCAUUGGGAGUCCGAAUUCUUCGAGUAGAGAAAUCGCCAUCUGCAAACAUUCCUCAUGCCCCUUCUUAACAAUUGCUCCUUCCUUCUCUGCCAUGACUACUAGCUCGGAGUAUUAUUCUCAAGACUUUGUUCUUAUAGAAUCGGUUGUUCUUGAUUGGCUUUUUUGCUUCUCUGCUUAUUGGGACUGAAUUUAUUGUGUGCUACUAUAUGAAGAGACAAAAUACUUGAUGGACAAACCAAUGAAGAUUAUUGUAUUAGUCACCAAA